CGAUCGCAGGCCACAGCUGCUACUGCCGUUGUCGUUCGUUCGCUCGUCCGCUCGCUCGCUCGCUCGCUAGCUCGUCAUCCGGCCCGCAAUAACUCCCUCCCACCCGCUCUGCCCGUCACGUCGUUCCGCCGCCCGUCGGUCGCGCGCGCACUCGCCAUUCAGAGUUUUACCUCGGCCGGCGAGCUUCCAGUCUCCAGACAGUGCUGCACAUACUAUUGCCCCUACCCCCCACCACUCAACCGCGUCGUCCCGUAUUUAUCGUUAUUGUAUAAUUUUUUUUUCUCUCCGCGGCGACGCUUCCUAGCGACCAGCCAGUCGCGCGCCGCACGUCGCCGUCGUUCUCAAUCGUUAUCAUACGCCCGGUGUCGCGCGAUUCCGUCUCGUUUUUCCAUCGCUCUUCGUAUUCUGUUUCCCCCUUUUUUUCUUCUCUUUUUUCUUAAUCUCGAUUCGUUUCCCGACGAACACGCAAAUAUUUGGUGUUAAUUAUUUCCCUCCCACGCUCUUGUUGCGUUUACAGAUUUCCACGAGUUGGGACGAAACGUUACGAACACUUGAAUUAAAAAAUAAAUAAAUAAAUAAAUAUUGAACAUACUGUCCGAGUAAAUUAAAUCGCAAUGUUCGUGCUUCAGUUGAUGUUGAACGCGCACAGUUAACGUCGGUAGUAUUUGUCAGUACGUUUGAUCGGUCAAACAGUCACUCUCUUGCCACUUAAUCGAAUCAAUACCACGAUGGCCCCAAAAAGUACGUUGGCGUUUGUUUUAUCGUUGGUGUUGUGCAACGGGUUAAUUGUGUCGGCUUCAUACGGCGGUUCGUUUGUGAGUUCUGUGGAAGUGGUCAACCAUACAAAGUUCACUCAGGAUGAUUCCGGAGAUUUGUAUGUCAAUAUCACAGUAGCCAUGUUGGGCCGAGGACUCAACGAAAAUCUUAAAAUCAGGCCUACCUCAAGAGUUGCUUUACGUGGUUCUGAAUGUUACAAGAAUCAUCCGAUGAAGAAUAUUGAUUCAGACAAUCAUAUUUUCAAACAGUUAUGGACAAACGGCACAUAUUUGUUGAUGAGUAUCACGUUCAAGUUUGACAGAGACCUGACCACACGAAAUAUGUACCUAUGUGCGUACGAGUCGCGAAAACCAUCCAACGGACUGACAUCAUCGUUGUGGAACAUAUUUAAUGGUUUUAGUGAUAAUAAUGAUGGCCGAUGGGUAAACCAGGGCGAUUCUGUUGUCAUCAGGUCCGAUGAAAUGGUAAUACAGUCUGCCGAUUCAAAGGAUUCUUUGCUCAGCAGACAAAGGAGACAGCAAGGUCAUAUGUUGAAAAAUGUUACACCCCUAGCUACAGCAUACAUGUCGCAAGUAAAUUUAUUUGGCUUGCGGAUGGAAUAUUCAGAUGCAGGUGUAGACUAUGAUGAUCAAGGUGUGCCACAAUUAUUGGUACAACGAAUGGCUCUGUUUCGUUUAUUCGGUAGUGGUUGGUCUGAGAAUACAUUAUUUGUCCUUACUGAAAAAACUGGUGACAGAGGUGGUCCAUGCGAAUUUCCUAUCGGGGAGGUUCAGAAAGUAAACAUUUCAAGCGAAGACCCAAACACAGUUCAGCUAAGCAUUAUCCUACCACAAGCCAGUAAAGCUGGUACAAUAUUUUUCUUUUGCUCGAAAGAGAGUAAUAUCCCUACCUCGGUUUGGACACAUAUGGGUACCGAAUAUUACAAAAAGAUGGGAGUAUACGAAAAAAUGUUACCGUUUUGGCUGCAAGUGGCUAUCAUUCUCACAUGCCUGUCAUUUUCUUCCCUUUUCUCUGGUCUAAAUUUGGGCUUAAUGUCAUUAAAUCGAAUGGACUUGAAGAUCAUUUGUAAUACGGGUACGGAUGCGGAACGCAAGUACGCCAAAGCUAUACUGCCCGUGCGUAUUCACGGUAACUACCUGUUGUGCAGUAUUCUGCUAGGAAACGUUAUGGUCAAUUCGAUAUUCACUAUUCUGUUGGACGAUUUGACAUCCGGCUUGGUGGCGGUUAUAACGUCCACGCUAGCCAUUGUUAUUUUCGGUGAAAUCACUCCGCAAGCUGUUUGUUCACGUCACGGUUUGAUGAUCGGUGCCAAAACCAUAUACGUCACGAAAACCGUAAUGGUAUUAACCACACCGCUGUCUUGGCCCAUAAGUAAAGCUUUGGAUUGGGCACUUGGCGAGGAAAUCGGUAGCACGUAUAACAGAGAACGUCUAAAGGAGUUAGUCAAGAUGACUGGUGACGAGUACAACGAUUUGGAAAAAGAUGAAGUUAAUAUAAUUUCUGGAGCUCUUGAACUUCAUCGUAAGAAAGUCGGUGAUGUCAUGACCAAGUUGGAGGAUGUGUACAUGUUAUCAUACGAUACAGUGUUGGACUUUGAAACCGUUUCAGAAAUCAUGAAAUCGGGAUACUCGAGGAUACCCGUUUACGAAGACAGCCGCCAAAACAUUGUCACCAUGUUGUACAUCAAGGACUUGGCGUUAGUCGAUCCCGACGAUAACACAUUACUUAAAACGCUGUGCCAAUUCUACCAGAAUCCAUGUUAUUUCGUAUUCGAAGACACCACGCUCGACGUGCUUUUCAAACAGUUCAAAGAAGGUAUAAAAGGACAUAUGGCGUUUGUUCAUCGCGUAAAUAAUGAAGGGGAAGGUGAUCCGUUUUAUGAAACAGUGGGUAUUAUAACAUUAGAGGACGUAAUUGAAGAAUUGAUUCAAGCCGAGAUCAUGGACGAAACCGAUGUUUACACUGACAACCGGUCAAAACAACGUCGACAACAGCGCUCGUAUAGAGCUCAAGACUUCACAGCAUUUGCCGAGCGCAGCGAGAACCAGCGCAUUCACAUCUCCCCGCAGCUCACUUUGGCCACAUUCCAGUUCUUAUCGUCGAGCGUCGAAGCUUUCAAGACGGACGUCGUGUCGGAAACGAUCCUGAUGCGUCUGCUGAAACAGGACGUGAUAUUCCACAUAAAAAUGAAAGACAAGGAACGAUUCAAGUCCGACCCGGCCAGCGUCAUCUACCAGCAGGGCAAGCCCGUCGACUAUUUCGUGCUGAUAUUGGAAGGACGCGUCGAAGUCACUGUCGGCCGGGAGAACCUCGUGUUCGAAAGCGGUCCGUUCACGUACUUCGGGUCACAAGCCUUGCAUCAGAACAUCGGCAUCGGUGAGUCCCCGCCGUCCGGCUCCAACCCGACGAUGGCCACAUCGAACGUCAACAACAUGGGAAGCAUCCAAUCGGUCAACAUCGACGCUAUGUUGCGUUACACGUUCGUGCCCGACUACACGGUGCGCGCGGUUACGGAAGUGAUGUACUUGCGCGUGAAACGUUCGUUCUACAUGGCGGCAAAACGCGCCACGCUUAUGGAACGUUCCAAGAAGAUGUCCAACGCCGGAGAGUUCGACGAAGAAGUAGACAAGCUAUUCCAUUCAUACGGAGAUGAAGAUCGAAAAAGCAUUCAAGGAUCUCCUGACGUUACUAGAAAUGCAUCCCAGACAAUAUUACCGCCAUCGACAACUUCGAACAAUGCUGCAGCAUCUCUCAAUAACGGAGAACUUAAUCCAUCAAUAGCCGUAUCAUACUCACGAACACCUCAAGGUACAUCCGAUGCGUCGGCUGAAGAGAAAAUCACACUUUUAGGCACAAACGCGUCGUCGGCUGCCGCUAAACCGGACGCCACUAAUCCAUCAUCUUAGGAUUAUUUAUUAUGAUGAUAUUCGUUAGUUGAUUCUUUUAUAACAUUUUUUUUUUUUUAUUAUUAUUUAUUUAUUAUUGUAAUAUUUUUUUUUUGCUCCACAUUAGAUAGAAGACGUUUGAACGUUAAAGUAGACAUUACGUACGUUACGCAUAAGCACGUUAAGUUUGUUUCUAGUAUUACAUGUGUUAUAGUUAUAAUUCAAAAGUAGUUCUAGUCCAACAUGAUUGUGUUCAAUAAGUGUGAAAAAAAAUCCAUCGAGAGGCUCUUUGAACAAUCGUUAAACGCGUGUGGGUUAAUCAAUUUGUUUGUAUAUUAACUUGCGCUCUCUACAUGUCCGUUAAGGACAAAAAUAAUUUUUAGCAAUUGUAACGGCUAUACUCACAGAAAAUUCUACUCCCAUUUUAUCAUUCUAAUGACUAAUUACUUCAAAUGGCUUUUAUUAUAUUGUAUUUCUAUUUUUUUUUAAUUUUUUUUUUUACUAUUUAUCAUAUUGCUUA